AACCUAAAUCGGAUCCACCUGUAUUAGAACUGCCGACCGUAAAAAAAGUGAAAUUACAUCCUCAUUACGAUACCGCGUUGGAGGCUAUCAAGUUGCUUAAAUCAUUGGCAAGAGACCAAAAUAGUUGGGAAUUGUAUUCAGAAAGUAAGGGAGUCAAGGUUUACCUAAAGGAUAUUCCUGGUAAAUCUGUACCAUGUAUGCGUGGAGAUAUUACUAUUUACGGUGAUUUUCUUCCAGAUGAUAUUUGUUCAUAUACCACCUCUUUAGACGCGAGAAAAUUGUGGGAUGAUCGAUACGAAGAGGGUACUACAGUUGAACGAUAUAGCCUUACCGAUGUGAUGACUAGAUCAGCUAUGAAAGGUACCUUCCCCAUCAGUGGUCGUGAUUUUGCGAUGAUCUGUACGAUUGAUCGUGAUCCGGAUGGUACGAUCUGGUGUGUCGCUAAAUCGAUUGUUGAUUCCAAAAUUCCAGAAAACAAAAAAUAUGUUCGGGCAGAGUUAAAUCUCGCUGGAUGGGAAUUACGACCUGUCUAUGAUAGUGCUGGUAACAGAAUCGCAGUUGAUAUUAAAUAUAUUGUUGACAUUGAUAUUAAACUUGACUCAGUUCCAUCGAGAGUCCUGAAGUCAAUUUCAAUGCAGACGCCAAUGUGCGUUGUUAAGAUUGAUGAGUUAUUGAAAAAUAUUGGAUUUCCACCGUAUAUUCGAUAUACAACUGGAGAAAUAAUACACGAGGAGUUUAAUACAGACAACUUUCAGUAUGAUUUAAUAUUGACAAAUAAUGGUGAAGAAAAAGGAAUCACGGAACUUCGAACAUCAAAUAAAAUGUAUUCUAAUGGUUUGAACAUUUCUAUUCGACCGACGGAUGUUAAGGUUGACUUGCAUCCAAAUGAUAGUGGUGUUUUCUGUAUCACCGUUCCGGCCGGUAUUAAUGCAAAAGAGUUAUCUAUAUUAAUAACUAAGAACACAUCUAGAGAGGUUCAAAUUACAUACAAUGGAAGCAAAUUAUUGAGGCCGAUAUAUAAGAACGAAAAUGGAGAUAAUAAGCUUACCACUGCAUCAGUAAGCAAGAUUGAUGUACAAUCAAAAAGAACACGAGAAGUACCUCAAGUGCACCAAGAUCAACAAAUAAGCAAACAGGUUGACAUACAACCAAAUACCUCCAAGAAAAUAUCCCUUUCGACCGAGAUUAAUAAUACCGAAAUUAAUCAUAAUAAGAACGGUGAUAAUGUAGUACCUAAAGAAUCAUCGAAAAUGUACAAACAAAGCAGUGACUUAAUUUUUUGGUCAGAACAAAUCAAAUUUGAUUACAAACAACUUGGUUUAAUGUUUGCUUCUAUGCUAUUAGCGUAUCAAGCUGGUAAACUUAGCGGAUGUUAA